AUGGCCCCUCCGUCUCCUCUCGUCAUCGCAACCCAAGCCUUGAAUCGUCUGGUCAAGGAAGAGUCCUACUACCACAAAGAGCUGGCCAGCCAGGAGAAGCGUAUCAAGAAGCUCGAGGAUGACAUUGCGAGCAAUAGUCCGGACCUGGACAGCAACGCUGAGUACAUCCUAAAACAGGAGAAGAAAGCUCUGGAGGAGACCAAGGCCGUGUUCGAGCCGUUGCGCAAGCGGAUUGCUGCUGCCAUCGACAAACUGGAGGAACAGAUUGCUAUUGCCGAGAGUGCCGGGAAUGCGCCGGCCGAGGAGUUAAAGAAGGCCAAGGAGGCCCUGGGGGCUGCCCAGAAGGUUCUCGAGCAGAAAGAAGAAAAACCAAAAGAGGAAGAAGGGAAGGGCGGUGAUAAGGAGGAGUUGUAA